AUGUUUCGUUUCACCACUCUCCUUACUCUGUUCCCUGUGGCAUUGGCUGCUACGUGCGCGAACACAUUGCCAGUCACUGGAAUGGUCUGCCACGACUUCACACAGUCCGAUGGCACAAUGUCUGCGAUUCUAGUCAACCAUGAUCGCCAAGUUGUCGACGGUAUGCCUUGGAAGUCAAGAAAUGCCACAGCACAAGAUAGCACCAACCCGGUACCCGAGCCGUUCGAUGUGAACGUAUGCAACGACAGCACCUUUGUCCGCAACAACCCGCCCAACGUACCAUCCGUGGCAGAUUGCCGGGGCGUAAUGGAAUGGGCUCGAAGCAACAAGGUGGCAUGGUUGCUCGACAAACAUGAUCUAGCAAGUAGGGUUUUCCUACCACUGGUCACAUCCGGACAGUGUGUCUUCGCAGCGGGGUCCGAUGGAGGCGGCAUCCCGGAGUAUGGAAUCUACUUCGGAAAUUAA